AUGAGCAGUUCGUUCAACAACGACUCCGUUGAACCAAUUACUUACAUUUGUGGAGAAUGUGGUAAUGAUAUCGCAUUGCAACCUACAGCCGCUGUGAGGUGCAGAAAUUGCGGAUCCAGGAUCUUGUACAAAAAACGUUCAUAUAGAGUUGUCCAAUACGAAGCUAGAUAA